AUGAGACGAAAUCCAGUCAGGAAGUGUUCUUGGGAAAGAUUUUUAGACAGCAAACAUGGGAUACUUGAUCCUAAUGAUACAAUCUCCAGAAUGCCAGAAACUGUACUUCACCAAAUCAUUUCUUUCCUUCCGUAUUCAGAUAAACAACAUGUUCGCUUUUUGUCAAGAAAGUGGAGACGACUACAUGCACAAAACCAAAAUAGGCUCUCGCUAACUGGCCGCAGAUUAAGUGAGCUGGAGUUGUCAAAGAUUAUGACUGAUGAUUUUCAUUCAGUUGAAUUUCUUACUCUUACUAAAUGUUCAGGGAUUAAAAAUCUGAAACUCACGAGUUUCAAAUUAAUAGACGUUAACUUGAAUUACUGCGGAAGCUUAAAGACUUUAGACCUCAACACACCACUCCUUGAAACUUUUCAUUUUCGUGGAAUCAGGCCAUGCCGAAUCGAUUUUGGAAUUUGCAAAAAACUGGCGGUUCUGAAAUUAGCUGGGGUUGCUAUGUACAACAUGGACUACAGUAUAACUUUUCCCCUUCUUCUAGUUCUCCGUCUUAGUAGCUGUGAUAUGAGUGGAUGUAUUGACAUCUCAAGUAAUUCUCUUAAGAGUUUACAUUUGUUGAGAUUAAAGAAUCCAGGGGAUAUCACCAUCGAUGCCCCAAACCUAAAAUCUUUUGAGUACCAUGGCAAUACCAUCAUCCCCUUUUUAAACAUGCAUUUCCCCAAUCUUAACAAGGCUAUGAUUGCGCUAAAACCUAGCCGGUACAAAAAGCGUAAUGAAGAGUGGUUCAACAGAUUGAUUAAUAUGCUGAAAUGUCUGAAGAAUGCCAAAUAUUUAACGAUUCAUACUAAUUCUGACAAGAAUAUCAUAGUACCAAAAAAGUUUAGAGAAACACUCGUUCCUCCAUUUGGUGGAAACCUUGAUAUCACUGUAAAGACAAGUUCCAGAUCAAGCAAUGUUGUUGAUCUUUCUGAUGCAAUGCUUUGGAUUUCUCCAAGGCUUAGCAGUUUCUACCUUGAAUCAAUCAACUGGGCGUUUGUUCUGCAGCUGAUGCGUCGGGAUUUAUUAUCGGGCACACAUGAUAACUCAUGCAGUUUCUGCAGCUCAUAUACUUCAAGAUGUUGGCGUCAUUCAGUGACGCAUUACUCAUUGGGCCAUUCUAUGGGAUUGUACAUUAAUGAAAUGGGGUCAUAUCUCAUGGAAAAUCUGGAGAAGGUUGGACGCAGUGCAAUGCUGUGGGAAUUAUUUGAAUAG